GCUGCGAGCCUCGGGGAAGCGGAACCCACAGGCUCGCGCGCCGCUGCUUCUGGCCGGGCGCGGGUCGUGGUGCACCACGGGAGCGCUGCACCGGCCGGCAUGGAGGAGCGCGGCGAUUCCGAGCCGACCCCCGGCUGCAGCGGCCUGGGUCCGGGAGGUGUUCGCGGCUUUGGCGACGGCGGCGGAGCUCCCUCGUGGGCCCCCGAAGACGCCUGGAUGGGCACUCACCCUAAGUAUUUAGAAAUGAUGGAAUUAGAUAUAGGAGAUGCCACCCAAGUUUAUGUAGCAUUCUUGGUUUACCUGGACCUCAUGGAAAGCAAAAGCUGGCAUGAAGUAAACUGUGUAGGAUUACCAGAACUCCAGCUCAUCUGCCUUGUUGGUACUGAGAUAGAAGGGGAAGGGUUACAGACUGUGGUGCCUACCCCCAUCACUGCUUCCCUCAGCCAUAACAGGAUAAGGGAGAUCUUGAAGGCAUCUCGAAAAUUGCAAGGUGAUCCAGAUUUGCCGAUGUCUUUUACUUUGGCCAUAGUGGAGUCUGAUUCUACAAUAGUCUAUUAUAAACUUACUGAUGGAUUUAUGCUGCCAGACCCUCAGAAUAUUUCUCUUACAAGAUGACAUCUAUGUUUCCUGAUGCUUGUUUUAUUCAUACAAGAUUGGAUUUGAGACCCAUCAGACUGCUUCAUCUUUUAUCUCAGAGAUAGUCAGGGUUGACUUAGAUAGUGAGGGUUGACUUCCCCAUUCCAUAAGGUUUUCAUUCUGAAGAAUAAAACUUCCCCAGGUAGAAGACUUUCUCCUUCUUAAAAAAUAUAGGGUGAUUUCUUUAAAACUUUCUUAUCUAGAGACAGUUUAAUUACAGUUGUAUACAGGUUUAUGCCUAGGAUGUAUUCAGAUGGGUGGGACCUGUGUGCUGCUUUUGUCAUCCCACACUCAAAGUUGCCUCUUUUUUUCUUGCUGCCACUGCCAGCUCAUUGUUGAGACUGCCAUCUCUUUCUCUUGCUCAACUUUUCCCAGUGCCUUUUGGCUACUGCAGCUAUCAUAGAAUGGAAUUUUAUGUAUACCUUGUCACCUACUUCUGUUUACUUUUUCCUCUCCAGUAGAAAGUAAAAGAUUUCUUUCAAUUGGUCUUCCCAUUGCAGUUACUGUUAUUUCUGUUUUUUGGUUAACUUUAAGUGAAAACUCAAAACAUGUUCAUCCAGAGUGUAAACUUACGUGUCUUAAGUAACAGGGACCAGAGACAUGUUACCUACAAGAGUUCUGGGCCAUCCUUUUCAUUCUUAUCACAUAUCAUAGCUUGAAUAUUACAACAGUAUGGGAGAGAAUCAACCAUAAAAAUGUCUUCAUUAAUUAGACCCAGGUAUUCCACUUUUGUUAAUGUCUCUCAAAUUGUACAAAGUAUGAAAAAUUAUAUGCACAAAGAUGUUCCAAAUGACAUUACUUUUAGUAGCCCAAAUUAUAAACCACUUUAGAGUUUGGGGUAAAGAUUGGCAAACUUUUUCUAUAAAGGGCCAGAAAGUAACUAUUUUAGGUUUUUAAACCUACUGUCUCUGUCAUAACUUGUCAACACUGGUGUAUGAAGCACAAAAGCAGCCAUAGACAAUACAUAAACAAUAUGGGCAUGGCUUUGUUCCAGUAAAACUUUGUUUACAAAUGUGGUGCCAUAGUUUGCCAUCCCUGGGUCUAGGAAAUAGUCAAUAAACAGAUAUAUACAAAUGGUACAUAAUGUACUUAUUAAAAAUUAGUAAAGAAUAUUAUUAAAAACAUGAAAAUAUUACAUUAAUUAAAAAUUACAAAUGGAAAAGUGUAUGAGUGGGUGUAAUCAUGGCUGAAAUAACAGACCAAGCAUAUGAUAAAAAGAUAACAAAGUAAAUCAAAUUACUAACUGGUUAUAGUGGGAUAGGAGGCAGAAAACGGAUGACUUUGUCUUUUCUCAAUGUUUUUAUUUGUAUUUUAUAAUAAAAAUGUUUUAAAAUUAAAA